CGCAAAAUUCAAAUCGUUCGAGCCACUUCAAUGGCGUGCUCUUCCUCCCCACCCCGAAACCCCAAAUCCUAGCCCGGAUCUGGCAAUCCCCUCCAUCCCAAGACCCAAAUCCGUGUAGAAUGGCGCCGGCGGUGCCGAUGCAGCACAAGGUGCGCCUCCCGGAGAAUGAGGAGCUCGCUCGUAGCCUCCACGAGAAGCGGCUGUCGAUGAGGGAGCAGCCGGGCGGUUUGAAGGAGAAUCUUGACCUCACGUUCGCCAAAGCCUACCGCAACGUCUACGCCGCCAAGGAGCCUAUCCGAACUCUCAAGGAGUUCUCCAAAGUCAAGGGUGUGGGACCAUGGCUCAUACGAUGUAUGAAAGGGUUCUUCGCAGAGUCCAGACAGGAUUUAUCUCCUACAAAAGGUAUUGUAGUAGGAAAGAAAACAAGAGGACCGAAGUGUCAUCUACCAAAGAAAAACCCUGCUGCUUCUGGUCCUCCUGGCAAGGGGCCUCCUACUAGCUUUGGACUGUCAGAUUGCUCAGUUUCUAUUUAUCCGUUUUCAUCCCAAGGAGCAUUUGAGGUACAAUCUUCUGGUACAAUGGGUUCUGCUGAAUUCAAUAUACCACACAAGGAUACUGUAUAUAUAGACAGCUCUAUACUAGCUAUGCCACCUCGUCAGUCCGGUGAAGAAUUUCUUGAAGCUUAUGAAGUUGUGUUGAUAUUGGAUGAUCGUGAGAAUUUCGGGUAUCGUUCAAGAAAAGUUGCUUCAAGAAAAGUUGCUGAUAACAUUCAUUCACAGUUUAAUGUACCUGUAGAGGUUAAACGUUUGCCUGUAGGCGAUGGUAUUUGGAUCGCUCGUCAUAGAAAACUUCUCACAGAGUAUGUUCUCGAUUUCAUUGUUGAAAGGAAAAAUGUUGCAGAUUUAAGUAGCUCAAUUAAAGACAACAGAUACAAAGAUCAGAAAUCAAGGCUGCAGAAAUGCGGACUAAGGAAGCUGAUAUAUCUUGUUGAAGGUGAUCCAAACGAUUCAAAAGGAUCAGUGGCAAGCAUUAAAACAGCCUGCUUCACCACUGAGAUUCUCGAAGGAUUUGAUGUUCUACGGACCAGUGGGUAUACUGAUACUGAAAAUACAUACGGCUAUCUUACACUCUCGAUAAUUGAGUACUACAGCACAAAUUUCUUAAAUCUUGCUAAAAGUUCUCGUGUUUGCCCAACCUACGAGGAGUUUGGGGGAAAGUGUCGUGGCCUUCAGAAGAAAACAGUGAGCCAAAUAUUUGCACUUCAACUUAUGCAGGUGCCACAAGUAACAGAGAAAGCUGCACUAGCUGUUGUAGAGUUCUAUCCAACUCUUUUAUCACUUGCACGGGCAUACUUCAUGCUUGAAGGUGAUAUCUGUGCCCAAGAGGAGAUGUUGAAGAACAAGAGCAAGAUGAUAAACGCAGGGGCUAGCAGAAACAUCUUCAAGCUUGUCUGGGGUGAUGGAUGCAAUCUUCAGAUCUAGCUUCGGACUGACUUAACUGGCUUAUAUUGUCACCGGCUCGGUGAUCUUGGUGCCAUCUUCUGUGAUCUUUGUCACCGCCACAGGCUUAACUAGCUCACUUAUUCCCAGAGAUUUAAGCGCAAGGUUUCCAUGUUGGAAAUGUAUGGACCCAUUCGACACGUAGAAAUUACCGACUGCACGUUCACUUAUCUCGAUGGUACUAGUUUACUGUUGUACUGGUAUAGUAAUCCUUGAGCACUAGAAUAAAAGUUUUGAUUUUUUUGUCAUUGCAUUGACCCAAAACUCAUUCAU